AUGCAACUAUAUCGUGCUUCUCGCCGACCUCUCCCUAACAAGACCGGAGAUGGUACCUACCAGGUGGUUAAGAACAGGCCAUCGUUGAUGCAGGAUCUGAGCACAAUCACCUUCCAAGAUCUCAAGACCCUCAAGGCAAUUAUCACUGCCAAGCUCAAGGGCGAGACUCAAUCCGAUGACAAGACAAUGAUAAUGGAGAAGACUAUCCAAUUGGUUGCUGCGCUACCUGGUGGUUCUAAAAGACAAGAGCAGCUCACCAAUAUGUUUAUUGACGAGCUGUGGUACUCUCUUGAACAUCCCCCAUUGUUGUACAUGGGAGACCAAUUCCGCUUUCGUCAAGCUGAUGGAUCCAACAAUAACCCUAUUAUGCCCAAGCUCGGUGCAGCCGGUACUCCUUAUUCUCGCUCGGUCCAUCCCAGCGUCGUGCCACUGGGAGCUUUGCCUGAUCCAGAAGCCAUUUUCGAGUCCAUCAUGGCCAGAGACAAGUUCAUCAAGAAUCCCAACAACGUCUCAAGCAUUCUGUGGUACUGGGCUACCAUUAUCAUCCACGAUCUGUUCUGGACCAACGAAAGGGAUCCCAACAUCAACGACUCGUCAUCAUAUCUCGACUUAGCUCCCCUCUAUGGCCAUAGCCAGGAUGCGCAGAACUCGGUUCGUACAUUCAAAGAUGGCAUGCUGAAGCCUGAUACCUUUGCCGACAAGCGACUCCUGGGCAUGCCACCGGGUGUCUGCAUUAUUCUUGUCAUGUUCAACCGCGUUCACAAUUACGUUGCUGCAAACAUGGCUGCCAUCAACGAAGGCAACAGAUUCGCCAAGCCUUCUCCGACUUUGCAAGGAGAUGCUGCAACUGCGGCUUGGAAGAAGUACGACGAGGAGCUGUUCCAGACAGCUCGCCUGGUGACUUCUGGUCUGUAUAUCAACAUCACUCUAGUCGAUUAUGUGCGAAACAUUAUCAACCUGAACAGAGUUGAUACCGAGUGGACGCUGGAUCCUCGACAGGAGGCCGGCGUCGACGUCGGCACUACGAAGGGCUCUGAACGAGGAGUCGGCAACAGCGUCUCUGCGGAAUUCAACCUCUGCUACCGCUGGCACUCUUGCAUCUCCGAGAUGGACGACGAGUGGAUUCACGCCUUCUAUGACGACCUCUUGGGCGAGAACUAUGGCACCAUGGAUAUGCGCACUCUGAUGAUUGCCAUCCGCAAGUUUGCCAUGGGCAUGCCCAAGGACCCUGCCGACUGCGUCUUUGGCGGCUUCACGCGUGGCGCUGACGGACGCUUUGACGACGACGAUCUCGUCAACUGCAUCGCCACGGCCAUUGAGCAGCCGGGUGGUUCUUUCGGUGCCCGCAACGUGCCUCGCAUCAUGAAGCCCGUGGAGAUGCUCGGCAUCAUUCGUGGCCGAAAGUGGCACCUGACUGGCUUGAACGAGUUCCGCAAGCACUUUGGUCUCAAGGCCUACGCGACCUUUGAGGACAUCAACUCGGAUCCCCAGGUUGCUGACGCUCUGCGUAAUUUGUACCAGCAUCCCGACUAUGUCGAACUCUAUCCUGGCAUCGUGGCUGAGGAGGCCAAAUCACCCAUGGUUCCUGGUGUCGGCAUCGCUCCCACUUACACCAUUUCCCGUGUCGUCUUGUCUGAUGCAGUCUCCCUUGUCCGUGGCGAUAGACACUACACCACGGAUUACAACCCACGGUACCUCACAAACUGGGGUUACAAGGAGGUUGAAUAUGACCUGAAAGUCAAUCACGGCUGCGUGUUCCACAAACUCUUCAUCCGAGCAUUCCCCAACCACUUCAAGCAAGACUCCGUUUAUGCCCACUACCCCAUGGUCAUCCCUCAGGAGAACCGCAAGAUCUUGACCAGCUUGAACCGCGUCCACCGCUUCAGCUUCGAGCGCCCGAGAGCCGCUGCUCCUCGCGUAGAUAUCACCACCUUUGGCGGCUUCAAGCAGGUCAUUGCAAACGAGGACAAGUACCGCGUCCAGUGGCAGGAAGGCCUCGAAAUUCUUUCUGGCCACACCGGCCGCUACAUGCAGGCCAAUGACCGCAAGACGCUUGAAUCUGUACUCUAUAAGGAUAACUGGAGAAGUGCCGUCAAGGCAUUUUACGCAAAGACGGCCGAGACGUUGCUGGCCAAUAAGUCGUACACUAUCAUGGGCAAGAAGCACAUCGACAUUGUUCGCGAUUUCGGCAACACUGCUCACACCCACUACGCCGCUCAGAUCUUCAACAUCCCCCUCAAGACGCAGGAGAAUCCCAAGGGCGUUUUCUCUGAGCACGAGCUAUACGCCUCUCUGGCUGCCAUCUUCACCACCAUCUUCUUAGACAUUGAUCCCGUGAAAUCCUUCUCCUUGAGACAAAAGAUAAAGGAAGCCGCUGAUGCGCUUGGGGAGUCUCUCGAGACGACUAUCAAGUACACCAAAUCUUUUGGCCUUCGCCUCUUCACUGGCAACACCAGCAACGAUCCUCUUUCUACCGCCGGUGUUAAUGCCGUCAAGGCUUUGGCUAAGUCUGGCAUGAGCCCUCAUGAUAUUGCCUGGGGAUUGAUAUUGCCUACGGCUGCUGCUAUUGUUCCAACCCAAGGUCGAUUGUUCGCCCAAGCUCUCGACUGGUACCUAUCAUCCGAAGGCGCUGCCUACGUCGAUGACCUCCACAUCCUCGCCUCGCAGGAGCCCAGCCCCGAAAGCGACGCUCUUCUCCUCGGCUUCGCCAUGGAGGGUGUCCGCAUGGCCGGUGCCUUUGGCCUGCACCAGGUUUCCACCGGCCCCGACAUCAUCACCGAAGAUGACGGCCGCAAAAUCAGCGUCAAUCAAGGCGACAAGGUCUUUGCGUCCUUUGUCUCCGGCGCCCGUGACGCGACUCAGUUCCCCAACCCGGACACUGUUGAUCCCCGUCGCCCUCUCGAGUCUUACAUCCAGUUCGGUGCCGGCACGCACAGGGCUUUGGAUAAGGAAGUCAGCCAGAUUGCAUUGGUGGAGCUCUUCCGUGCUAUUUUCAAGAAGCAGGGUUUGAAGAGGGUUGCUGGGCCUCAGGGCGAGCUGAAGAAGGUCCCGAGACAGGGCGGUCACUGCGAGUAUCUGAGUGAGGAUUGGGGCACUCUUACGCCCUUCCCUGUGUCUAUGAAGGUUACUUGGGAUAAUUAA